CAGACGCCAUUUUUUUCAACCAAUGACACUAUAUUUGAUGAAGAAUAUGAGGAUCCCACAACUACACCUCCACAAGCUACUGUUCCUGAAGAUCCAAGUACUCCUAAUAAAGAAGAUACAAACCAACCUGUUGAAGAUGAAGACCAGGAAAUAUGGCUUCGACCCGCCAAAGGCAUGUCCCUAGCCUAUCUCACCACUUCAACUACUCCUUCGUCUGAAGAUGACACGCCUACUUCCUAUAAGCAGGCUAUAUCUCAUCCUGAUGCCACCAAGUGGCAAGCAGCCAUGCAAAAAGAAGUCAACCAACUCAAAGAAAAAGGCUGCUGGCAACUUAUCCGCCGCUCUGACCUACCACCAGGGACCAAGGUCAUCCCUGGCCGGUGGGUAUACAAAAAGAAAGAAAUCCCUGGUACCCCUAUUACAAGGGACUACCAAGCUAAAGCUCGCUGGGUGAUCCGUGGAAAUCUACUUGACAAGGACUUCAUGGAAUCAUACGCCCCAGUGGUAGAUGAAAAUACCACUAGAACCCUUACGGCACUGGCCACUCUACUUGGCUGGCAUACUCGAAAGGCAGAUGCCAUCCUUGCUUUCCUAAAUGGAAAAAUGCCCACAGAUAAACGUGUCUUUAUGACCCAAGUUCAGGGAUUCAAAGAAGGCUCUGGAGACCUGGUUUGUGAACUCCGCCAGUCCCUCUAUGGACUGAUCCCAUCUGCCCGUAUCUGGUAUGAUACACUAAAUGCUUUCUUACGACAAAUUGGCUUCAAAAGCUCCGAAUACGACUCUGGUCUCUGGAUCCAUACCACCCGGACCCAACUCUAUGUGACUACCCAUGUGGAUGACUUCAAAGUCUAUGCUAAGCAUGAGAAUGAUGCCACUUGGUUUAUGGAGUCUCUUUCUGCUAAAUUUGACAUAAAAGAAGUUGGAAACUCUACCAAAUACCUUGGCAUGGCCACCUCUCAAUCCAAGACCACAUAUACUCUCUCCCAGGCCAAUUAUGCUGAAGACGUUGUUGCCUCUUUUGGCCAAGCACAAGCACACCCUGUUGGGAUCCCCAUGGAUCCUAGUUUAAUAAUUGAUGAUGACCCAGACCCUACAGUGAACAUCAAAGAAUAUCAACGUGGUGUAGGCUGCCUUACUUGGCUAGCCACCAAAACCCGACCUGAUCUUAGCCGGACAGUUGGCGUACUAUCCCAAUAUCACGCCAAACCUACCCAAAAGGCAUGGCGUGCCCUUAUACACGCUAUACGCUACCUUAAAGGCUCCAUUAACCGACAAAUCACCUACCAUAAGGCCACGGAACCCAUUACAUCUGACCUCCUCAUGCCCAGAUGUUAUACUGAUUCUGAUUGGGGUGGUCAACUGACAGGCAAUCGCCGGUCAGUAUCUGGAUAUAUAUUUCUGCUUGCCGGGGCCCCAAUUGCCUGGAAAAGCCGCAAGCAAACGUCCGUUGCACUUAGCUCCAACGAAGCUGAGUAUAUGGCUCUAAGUGAAGCCAGCCGAGAUGCCCUUUGGCUCCGGAACCUCAUCAACGAGCUCAACGUACUCCCUACUGAAUGCCCACCAAUUACUCUCCAUAUCGAUAAUCAAGGUGCACACGCCAUGGCUGAAGCUGAGCUCACCACCAAGAGAUCCAAACACAUCGAUAUACGUUACCAUUACGUUCGGGAGAAGAUCCAAGACGGUAUUGUUAAACUCCAGGCCUGCCCUACCAAAGAACAAGCAGCAGACGGCCUGACCAAACCUCUCCGAACUGAACAAUUUGACCAUUUCCUACAACUCACUGGCAUAAGCUAAGCCGCGUAUAUCUCCCCCAUUUUGGAUAUAUUUUCUAUUUUGAUAUACGGCAUUCGAUUGGCUAAAGCAGAACCUUCAUUCCUCUGUUUAUUUUUGCAUAUAUUCACUCAUUUGAAGGCCCGAAUAGAGGCCGAUUUCUGUAUUUAGAUUGAUUCCAUAGUUUGUAGGCUGCUCGUGCGUGGGGGGGUGUUAGUACACGUGAGGUUCUGCCGUCCUAGACCGCCCUCGCUACCUAUCUCACGGCACAGGCAGGCCUACCUAGUAAUAUGACCAUACAUGCGCCUAUCCAUUACGAUAAUGGUCAAGAUCACGAGAUUUCCGAGUCACGUGCCACAGACAGUCGCACCGGAUGGUCGCAGUUGCAUCUUGCUCUCCUGCCAAAUCGGAGACAGAAAACACGCCGUGGGUAACCGAUGAUGCCAAGACCAAGAUCAGAUCCCG